UUGUAGCACAUGAUAUUACAUUGAUGAACCCCUUCAACUAACAUCAAUCAAAUAAUAUUACCCUUUUUUUACUUCAAGAUCUUUAACAACAACAAGAAGAAGAAAAUGGAAGUGAAUGGAAAUAUUAGACCAAAUAGAAGUGAUGUUCAUUUAUCAAAAGAGGAAGAAACAAAGAUAGAAGAGGCAACAAGAGAGUAUUUUGAUGACAUUGCACCAAAAAGACACACUAAACCUCAACGAAGUGAUUAUUCUUCAACUUAUGUUGAUCACAUCAAUCUCUAUCCUUCUUCUCAUGACACAAUUCCCGAAAAUCUUGAAUUCCAACGUCUCGAAAAUGAUCCUCAGAAAUUGGUUUCCAAUGGCAGCCAAGUGACAGAGGAAUUUAUUGAAACAGAGUAUUACAAAGAUCUUAAUUGCAUUGACAAGCAGCACCACACGACAGGAACAGGAUUUAUCAAAGUGGAGAAUAAUGGGAACACUUUCAAUAUAGGAGCUGAUUCUGCUACUGAUCCAAGCCAUGUUUACAAGGGGAAUCCAGCUACUAAUGAUUGGAUUCCUUCUGCUGUUGAUGAGGUUAAUUUUAUCUCAGGAAAACCAAACAGAAGUGAUAACUGAAAUUGAGUUUUUGAUAAGGGCAGUAGCUGCUUAUUUUGUAUUUCUGUGAAGCUUGGCUUCAACUUGUCUCUCUUUUGUUUGGUUGUAUUUGAAUAACAUGCUGUAUGAAUUAUUUCAGACGAUUUU